UUGGUUGGUUGGUUGGUUCACAGAAGCGAAGGAUGUGUGUUGAUUUUUUCGUAUUUCGUCGUUUCAAGAGUCGUUUAGACUAAAAAAAGAAAACAUACCAACUCUUUUAUGCAUCUAAUUCACAAUGACGCCUCGCAAGCAGGAGUAUGGCAUUAAACGAUCGAGCGGUACUAGAAGCGGACCACUGAUGCACUUCACACCGCCUGUGAGCGCGACCUCCCGGCGUCGACACAACGCCGUCGUGCCUUCGGUGCUGAUGUUCGCCGUUAUCGUGGCAUCCGGUGGCCUGUUGGUCAUGAUAGAGAAGGGAAUGCUUAACAGCGUGGAGACUCCGCCGCCACGGGCCAACGGGAAUAAAGUGGACUACCGAGCCAGAAACAACGACCCAGAUGUGGAUCAGGAAUCUCAGAUUUUACAGGAGAUCCGUAAUCGCACCAUAAGAUCAAUGUGUGGUCAGAAGAACAUGCCUCACAGUGUCUGGUCUCUCAGUCCCCUGCAGAGGAAGACUCUCCUUCAGCACAUCCUUGUAAAUGACGAGCAUCGUUUCCUGUACUGCUAUGUACCCAAAGUAGCCUGUUCCAACUGGAAACGUGUACUGAAAGUACUGAGUGGUGCUCUGGCCAAUGUGGACAUCAAAGUGAAGAUGGAUCACCGCACUGACUUGCUCUUCCUUUCUGAAUUUUCACCUGAUGAGAUUCGCCAUCGACUACAGCACUAUUUUAAAUUCCUGUUUGUACGGGAGCCAAUGGCCCGCUUGCUUUCUGCCUAUCGCAACAAGUUUGGCGAAAUUGAGGCGUACCAGCAUAAAUAUGGAGCAGAGAUCAUACGACGGUAUAGAGAAGGCUAUACAAAUGAUGAAAAGAUAGUAGGAAAUGAUGUGACGUUUACCGAGUUUGUACGUUAUUUGCUAGACGAAGAUCCUGAGCGCAUGAACGAACACUGGAUGCCCAUCUACAACCUGUGCCAACCCUGUGCUAUAGAAUACAAUUUCAUUGGCACAUACGAAAGGCUGGAGAGGGAUGCGGCAUAUGUGUUGGAACGUGUCGGGGCACCUCAACAUGUACGUUUUCCUGAACGACAAACAUGGUACAAACCUGUUACCAAGGAAACAUUGCAUUAUUAUUUAUGCACUGUGCCACAGAAGAUUCUCAAAGAGCUCCUGCCCAAGUAUAUAUUAGACUUUUCUCUGUUCGGCUAUGCUUUGCCCAACACAACCACUGAAUACUGUAGGCAUUAGCAAAGACUUUGGUUUUUUGGUGUAUAAUCUUUAAUAUGUCAAUAUUAUAAUACAUUUUACUUGAUUCUUUUUUUCCUGUACAGAACUGAAAAAAUAUUUGAAGCCUCAGUACAGUGUAUUUGAGAGCUAUUUAAGUUCAAACCACUAUUUAAAACUAGAAGUACUCGAUCUAUCAAAUAUUUUUUGUGUUCAUGAGAUGCAGUGGUAUGUCCAUGAGUGGGGCAUUUACUUUAAAACAUUGUGCUGUGCACAAGACUAUCAUGGGGGUUUUAUAUUAGUAAGCACAAGCUUCUGUCACUGCAAUAUUAAAGUUUGCAGAAGCCUAUUUUGUUUUAUUUUUACAUAAAGCUACACUAUGUAACUUUUUUUGUUAAAAAAUAACAAUGUUAUUGAGAGUGUGCAAAACAAUCCAUCUUCCAAACCAUGUCUUUACCCAAAUACACUUCGAUAAACCUAUAAUAAUUAUUUAUAUUUUAGAGCUAUCGGGACGGAUUUUUGAGGGAAAUUGCAUACCCGUGCAUGUUCUUGUCAUAUCUGUACACAGAGAAAAUAAGCUCCGGCUACUGUAGCGCAUGUAUGGUGUGGGAGUAGCGCGAAGAUGAAAAUUUGUUGUCACAACGAACGAGAAAAAUUGACCAUGGAUCAUUCAAAAUGGCAAACCUCCGGGAAAUCACCGGUUGUAAAAACCCAGAACAGAGCAGAGUCUACAAAGAAAAAUGGAAAGUGACAAGAGUCCGUAAUCAACCCAAAUCACAUCGGCUUGUCUUUUCAGAGGUGCUGACAUCUCAGAGAUCUGAAAGUAUUUAAAAGUGACCCAGAGAUGGCUUUUUUUCUUACUCAUCAGGUAAUAUAUUUUAUUGAUAUGGUUUGUGUGUGUAGUGAAAUGCCAUAAUUAUACUGUUAUCGGUGCAGA